UACCUAUCGAUCGAUUUGGGCUCGACUAGCUUUGCCUUCGCAAUCAGGUUUACUUGCAAGCUUCGAAAAAUAGAUUGAUCCAAACAUCCAGUCUAGUUUUAGCUUUGUUGAAAAAUCAUCAUAUGGACCGGCUCGCAUCUUUUGGCAAUGAUCCCUUUGAUAAACCACCGUGCAGAGGUUGUUCAUCUUAUCUUACUGAGCCUUACAUCAAGUGUGCAGAAUGUGGACCCUCACCUUUUUUACUCUGCCUCCAGUGUUUCACCAGGGGAUUUGAAUACAAAAAGCAUCAGAGUGAUCACAAAUAUGAAAUCAUGACAUCAGACUUCCCUGUACUGGAGCCUGGGUGGACGGCACAGGAAGAGAUGGCCCUGUUGGAGGCAGUCAUGGACUGUGGUUUUGGAAACUGGCAAGACGUGGCAUAUCAGAUGCGCACUAAGACCAAAGAGGAAUGCGAGAGCCACUACAUGAAGAAUUUCAUCAACAACCCGCUCUUCUCCUCCACUUUGCUCAGCCUGCGGAAAACAAAAGACUCUCACUUUGCAGAGGGCGCUAUUCCUUUCAAACCCACUGAUGAUCCCCCUCGGCCCACAUUUGACUCUGUGCUGUCUCGAGACAUGGCCGGAUACAUGCCAGCCAGAGCGGACUUCAUGGAGGAGUUCGACAACUAUGCUGAAUGGGAUUUAAAAGACAUCGACUUUGUGGAUGAUGACUCAGACAUCCUUCGUGCGCUCAAGCUUGCAGUUGUUGAUAUAUAUCAUUCAAGAUUAAAGGAGAGACAGCGGAGGAAAAAGAUUAUCCGAGACCAUGGGCUGAUCAACCUUCGGAAAUUCCAGAUGCUGGAGCGAUGUUACCCCAAGGAGGUGCAGGAGCUGUACGACGUCAUGAGGCGAUUUGCCAGAGUGGUUGGACCAAUUGAACAUGACAAAUUCAUCGAAAGUCACGCACUGGAGUUUGAGCUGAGGAGAGAGAUCCGCCGGCUGCAGGAGUACAGGAAAGCAGGGAUCAAGUCCUUCUGCAGUGCCAAGGUGUAUGAGCGGGUGAAGCGAAUGCGUGAGGACGAGCGUAGGAAGAGGACCAUGUUGUGUGACGUGCUGCAGUACAUCCAGGAUGGCAGAGCCUGCCAGCAGUGGCUCAGCAAACAGGCUGCAAUAGAUGCUGGCAUCACUCCAGCUGUCACAACGAUCACAGUGUCAGCAACAGGUAGGCGGAGCGCCCCUCCUCUCAAUCUGACCGGACUGCCGGGGACAGAGAAGCUCAACGAGCGGGAGAAAGAGUUAUGCCAGGUGGUGCGGCUGGUGCCGGGAGCCUACCUGGAGUACAAGCAAGCCCUACUUAAUGAGUGCAGACGACAGGGUGGGCUGCGGCUGGCACAGGCCCGAGCGCUGAUCAAAAUAGAUGUCAACAAGACACGCAAAAUCUAUGAUUUCCUAAUCAAAGAGGGCUAUAUCACUAAGGCCUAGGCGCAUUUGAUUUGUCCACAGAGGAGAUUGGAUCGUGGUUAGUGAUUCAUUUUAUUCCCAUCUUGUAUCAUCGUAAGCCUUUGUUUUGUAAGUUUAAGAUUGUUGCUGCUCUUUUGAAAUAUUGUAACAUUUGCAAGGUUCCGUGUUUCUGAGUCUUAAAUGUAUUAAAAAGACAAAUCUCUUUGUAUAAUUAUUUGUCAGAAGAACAGGGCCUCAUAUUAAAAUGAGAAUGUAUUUAUUUCUCCUGUCAUAAUAUGUUAUUAAAAAAAUCAUUUUUAGUCUGUAUGUUGAUAUUUUAAUUUAAACCUAAUGGGCUCCACUUGGACUGAUAUAUUUGGUAAAACUUUGUUUUAUAGGUCCCAUAUUUUCCCAAAAUUUCAUCGAAAUGAACUGAUAUGUAACUAUAAAUUCAUAGGAAAUUGUGUGUAAAGAACUCUGUAAUUUUGAACUAAUUAUAAGAAUUUGAAAGACUGGAAAUCUUCUGAUUAAUUGAUGCCAGUAAAUUGAUUGUGUGUCAAGCGAACCUUUUAGUCAGUGCUCAACUGAACUUGCUAAAAUGUGAAAAUUCUCUACAGGAAAAAAUACAACACUAAAUAUAUGGAGAAUAAAGUUUUGAAGGAA